AUGGUAGCUGUGAGUAAUGUUACGAUGUCGAGUAAUGUUGUUGCUGUGCCUGUCAAGAUAGUGUCAGACAGUUUAGUGGCAUCCACAACCACCGCCACCACCACCUCCAAGGUGAAGUCCUCCAAGCAGUCCCUGGACCAAUCCUCCAAGGUUCAAGCCACCACCACCGUGGCAACCGCCACCACCGUGAGGCACAUGAACAAUUGGUGGAGAGACAACAUGACCACCACCACCUCCACAGUUACAGGCGAUACUGUUGGCACCUUGGCCGAAUCCACCUCCAACUCCACCUCCAAUGCUGGCCUUUGA